AUGAGACUCUUGGUAUUGCACAACGGCCGGACUCCGUGGUCCGCUGUUCAGACCUUUAUCACCCGAUGUUUCCAAUUCAAGAGAGAUGCAGCGGUAACCACUGAAACGCCGGAAAUAAGUGAUGAAAUAAAUGGGAAUGACGCGGCCAAUGCCCGAAUCACGCGAACACCACCUUCCCCAGAUAUCCACGUCACACCAACCACAAAGAGGGACACACCAUGUUGCAGCGACACUGAGAUGAUUGUUAACCAGCUCGCCAUGCUAGCUGCAAGCGUCAGUCAAUCAUCUACAAGUACAGCGCCAAGAUCCCAAGGAUCGUCCACACCAUCACUCGUGACUACCGCAACCACGCAAUCCUCUGCCACCAACAGUGCCAAGGAGGAUCAUUUUGCAGAAGAGGAAUCCUUCCACUAUCUGCGAAGUCUGAUCACCACAUCCUAUCUAUCCCAGCACACUUCUAGUCAGCUGUCAGUGUCAUCGACCACUCAAGAGGUAGAACCAUCGUCACUUGGUCGGAAGCGGGCUACCUCCAGAUUAAGCAUUCGCCUGGGUGACCUUUCAGGACUUUCUUUCCCAGCCAAGAUAUCUCGAAGGCCCUGUCCGAGUCCUCGCUACACAACCCUGCCGCCAAUCUAUUCGCCCAAACACAUCACCACUCGGCCAGAGGUACGAUUUUGA